AAUAAGAGCCAUACUUGAAUUAUGCCACUUCCUCCGUGCCCCUUCUCCGACCCCAAUACGGCACUGUCUCACUCUCUCUCACAGCUCAGACCAUGUCUUUAGAGGGAGACACACUAACACCCGCACUCAUGUUAAAGAACCCUAACCCAACCGUAUCGCCCCCUCCUUUCCCGUAUUUCUGCCUCGAUUCCUUCACUUAUUCCUUCCCUAAUUUCUAAAAGAUGUCGCCUCGGGAUCCUACUUCGGCGACCAAUCUCCGCCGUCUCGACCCCAAACUCUGGCGCGCAUGCGCUGGAAACUCCGUCCACAUCCCCACUGUCCACUCCAGGGUUUACUACUUCCCCCAAGGCCAUGUGGAGCAGGCCUCCUCUCGUCCGAACUUCCUAUCCCCUCUCGUCCAGUCCAAGCCCCUCAUUCUCUGUCGGAUUACCGCCGUCGAGUUUCUUGCAGAUCCGAUCACCGACGAGGUCUUUGCAAAACUUCUUCUUCAACCGAUUGACCCCCAACUGUCAUCGGCCUUCCCAUGUUCCUCUUCGUUUAUCGAAGCUUCUAGGAACCAGCCCGACCGAAACGACGGCGCCGGAGAAGACGAUAAGGUCGUAUCCUUCUCUAAGAUUCUCACGCCAUCCGAUGCCAACAACGGCGGCGGCUUUUCCGUCCCGAGGUUCUGCGCCGACUCGAUCUUCCCUCCGCUCAACUACCAGGCGGAGCCGCCGGUGCAGACGUUGUCGGUCACUGACGUUCACGGCGUGGUCUGGGACUUCCGGCACAUUUAUCGUGGCACUCCGAGGCGCCACUUGCUCACUACUGGUUGGAGCAAGUUCGUGAACCACAAGAAGCUAGUCGCCGGCGACUCCGUGGUUUUCAUGAGGAACCCUGGGGCCCAGAUGUUCGUCGGGGUCCGCCGCGCCGUACGUUCGAGCAAUGGAGAUUCCAGAUAUAGCUUGCCGACAGGCGGAACAACGAGAGUAACGCCGGAGGAGGAUAAUGCCUGUGGCAGAGAGGGGUUCUCGAGGAACGGGAGGGGCAGGCUACCGGCGAAGGCAGUGGCGGAGGCCGCGGAGCUGGCAGCGAAGGAGAUGCCGUUUGAGGUGGUGUAUUAUCCGAGUGCAGGGUGGUCGGAGUUUGUGGUGAAGGCGGAGGCAGUGGAAGAAGCCCUGAACGUGUUUUGGACCUCGGGGAUGAGAGUGAAGAUGGCAAUGGAGACCGAGGAUUCAUCGAGGAUGACUUGGUUUCAAGGAACGGUUUCGGGGGCUUCAGUCCCGGACAGCGGGCCUUGGCGGGGCUCUCCCUGGCGCAUGCUUCAGGUCACAUGGGAUGAACCUGGAGUCCUGCCGAAUGCCAAGGGAGUGAGUCCUUGGCAAGUUGAAUAUGUUUCACCAACAUCGCCACUCCAUACUGCAUUUCCUCCUGCAAAGAAAUUCAGAGCCCCUCAGAAUUCUGGGCUACUAACCGAUGGAGAGGGGGACCUUUUUUUUCCCAUCACAGGAUUUACAAAUUCAACAAUGAGUCAUGUGAGCCAAUCAUUGUUGAAUUAUAACACUUUUCCUGCUGGCAUGCAGGGAGCCAGGCAAAAUCUAUUUAGACAAUCAGGUUUAUCCAACCUAGGUGAAAACAAUAUUUACACUGAUAAUUCCUAUGGAAACAACAUGGUGCCAAAGUUGAAAACUGUUUCCACUGAGCUGAAUAUUGGCAGUUCACAGUCUGAAAAGCUAUCACCUGAUAGCCAGAGUAGUGUGCUCUCCUUUGGCACGGAAUUGAUUGGAACCCAGUGUUGUAGCUCAACAAAAGUUGGUGCUGGUUGCUUUCAGUUGUUUGGUAAGAUCAUUCAUAUGAAGCAGCCUGUUGAAAGUGGUUUCGAUGACAGUGGCUGUACAGAAGAUGAUGGCAUCAAAGGGUACAAUGAAACUGAACCCUUAAACAAUCCACCGGAUCUUUCUUUGACUUGCACAAAACCGCUUGACAGGCUUGAUGUCCAAUGUAAGAGAGCCCCGACUGUUGGGGCAUUUUCUUUGUAGUGAUUGCAUCUAUGUCUUACAGAUGAGUAGCUGUACAGUUUAGGUUGGGUCAUGUCUCGCAAUGUGGUGGAACUUUUGGCAUGUUGGAAGGGGAGGUUUGGUUGCCCACAGAGUGUAAUGUUGUGGAAGUUAAUGCCAGGUUGUUUGUUGCAUUGUAUAUGGGAGAGAAAUGACUAGAACUUUGAGGAUAAGGAAAGAUGGUGGUGCCCUCAAGGAUCUCUUCUUCAAAACCCUAUAUCAUUGGAUGAUUGGUUAUUUUGGUUUUUCUAUUUCUAGUUUUCAAGACUUAUGUACUCUUUUUUUGUCUUUCUGCUAGAUGCUUCUCAUUUAUCCGUUCUAUAUACUCAGGUGGCACCUUUUUGGUCAUUAAUAAAGUCUAACUUGUUAAACAAAAAGGAAAGGGCCUCAUAGAACAGUGUGAAAAAAAUUUCAUUUCCAGUAUUAAAUACAUAAAAUGAAUGCCUUGUUCAUAAUGAACCAUACAAACAGACAUAUAGAUGGAUAACUGAAGUACUGAGCAGUGAAAAUCUCAUGCUAUGUAGUCAUUACCGGCUAAUUGUUCGAACCCAAAAAGAGUAGCUACUCUAUAUGGGAGCUUAUGAUUGUCUGGACCUGUUUAUAAACAUUUUAGAAAGUAGCAUGUCUGUAAGGCACCAAAUCAUCGUACCAAUUAUGUUUGAUACUAGAGUAAGAGAAUCAUGAACUCUCACUGACUGAAUGGCUUCAAGGUCUCUAUGUAUCCUUUGAUCCAAAUUAGAGUGAAAAACUAAAAACCAGAGCUUAGAGGUAUUAGAACACUCCAAAAAAAUAUGCAUGGUUUAGAUGAUGCACGUUUGAUGGGAAGAUAAAACAUACAGUUAUUGUUUUCUCUUAGUUGUCAUUAUUUUUCUGAACCUUGUAAACUAGGAUGAGGCUGCUCAUGCAUCGUUUACCAGCAAUUAUGAGACUAAAUUUUAGUUCCCUUUACCACCAAGUUUUGGUGACACGUUUCUUUCCUCUUUA